AUGAAUAUGUUACCAUUGAUGGAUAACCAGGAGAAUAUGUUGAAAAGUUGGGCUUCAAAUAACCUGGGCAGGCCUCGGGAUGGCUCCAUGGCCUUUUUAAUGAGCGAGACAGGUCUACAGCAAGAACAAAUAGAUCACUGGUGGACCUGUCAAGAGAAUACUCGCGCCAAUAUUUUAAUCACGUCUGGAGAAGUAGGGUUACCUUCUGAGAUUGACGCGUGUGGUUCUGAAAGCCGCAAUUCCAAACGUGCACACCUCGAAUUUUCAGACUCGACACCCAUUCUACUGGGCAACAACAUACAAGAUUUCGAUGCAGAUUUGAUGGACUUUUACCCCCUCGAAAAUUGGUGCGAGCAGUCCUCGGAAGAUGGUCUCCUUCCCUCGGAUACUAUGGCAUUCUCCGAUACCGAUUCAAUUAUGUCAAUACCAUCAGGUUAUGGGAGUAAGUGCGCUUCAAACAGAUCAUCUGGACGUACUUGGGGCACUACAUCAACGCUUUUCUCCGUUGACGAAGCCCUGGAGGCAGGCCCAACUAACGCACCCCAGAGUUUCCAGCAUCAUCAGAUUACACAGCCAACAAAAUUCCCUUCGGUUUUGGAUUUACAACAAAAAUUAGCUGAUGUUCUCGAUACAAGUGAGCCCAUUACUCGACACCGCAGCUUGGAAUCUAUCCCUCGUCCAACCACAAGCUUGAGACGGAAAUCAAGUACAACUUUCAAUUCUAAGAAACUACCAGAUAUACCUCAAAAGUUCUUAAGAUAUAGUUGUACUAUAUGCGGUCAGCCAUUUGAACGUAAAGGUGCCAAGGGCGACUGGAAAAGGCACGAACAAACAAAGUGCGAACAACAGAAACUCUGGUACUGCAUGUCCAAAGAGCCCACUGUUCAGAUACUUAAUAUUUGGCAUUGCAUAUUAUGCAAUCAUUUCGAUGGAAAUCGCAAUGGGAUGAUUAACCAUCUCGUUGACAAACACCGAUUUCAAAAUUGCUGGAGUAAACCUUUGUCUGAAAGGAGCCAUCCUAGGAAGGACAAGUUAAGGGAUCAUUUGAAGAAACAUCAUGCUUUAUCGGAAGGAUCCACAGGCUGGGAAGCAUGGCAUCAAGAUUUGCCCGAAAAGAAGGCUUGGGGCUGCGGCUUCUGUGGUGGUUGCUUUUUCACUUGGGAUACAAGACUUGACCAUAUUGCCGAGCACUACGAAAAGCAAGGUCUUGAUGUAUCACAAUGGUCAUUAACGAAUGUAAUCAAAGGCUUGCUCAAACAACCUAGAGAAUGGGAUGUAUUGACUGCUUGGAACACAGUCGUUGGUCAUAAUGAUGAAUCCUGUACAUGGUCAGAUAAUGACGCUCUGAUGUUGCAGCGCAAAUUAGAGUAUCGCGAGGGCACGCCACAUAGUCUGGCCGAAGAGGCGAGAAGAUUGGCUAAAAUAUCCUCACACAACUCCGUACCGCAGACUUGGCCCCUCAAUGAAUCUCGUGCAGCAAGACUAACACGAAAUUUGUUAACUGGGUCUUCGAGAAAGAACCCUCUAAACAGGUAUGGCGGCGUUUUUCACGGGGAACCUUCUGUGGCACAUCUUAAGCACGCGGAUUUCGGAAUACAAGGCGAUGAUUAUACAGAUAUAUUUAAUGGUCGAGUAAUCUGA